AUGGCUAUCGCAAGUGAAAUUUUUGAGACUCAUGAGUUUCACUAUGUCCUACUCGGUAUCAUAAUUGGUCUUAUCGCCCAUCACAGAGUCUUCAUCUAUGGCGAGUGGCACAUAUACGCUCCACAGAUAAUCGUUUCUCAUGGCGUGACGAUCAUAUCGUUGCUUGUUGCUAGACUAUGGCUCGGCAGGUCUAAUACGGGGUUGGCUGCGGGCACUAUGCUGACGGUAUUUUAUUGUUACCUAUGUUCCCUUACGACUAGUAUAAUCGUGUAUCGAGUUUUCUUCCAUCAGCUCACUAGGGCUGGGUUCGCAGGCCCGUGGUAUGCCAGAAUCAGUACAAUAUGGCAUGUCUGGGCGGCUAGGAAAGCUAAGAACCAUUUGAUACUAGAAAAGUUAUAUAGAGAGUAUGGCGACUUUAUUAGAACUGGCCCAGCCGAGAUAACUGUCUUCCAUCCUGAUGUUUUUAUUGCAAUUGAUGGGCCCAGAACGGAAUGCAUCAAGAGCGAGUUCUACGACUUCCUCUAUCCUAGCACAGCACUGGCAGCAAUUCGCGAUAGGAAACUCCACACUACUCGUCGACAGCAAUGGAAUCAUGGCUUGACUCCAGCCGCAUUGACGGAACACAACAAGAAAAUCCUGGGGCACAUUGAUAUGCUUGUUAAAAUCAUCGAAGCUGACGCGGUUUCGGGUUCCCCAACGAGGAUGGAUGAGGUACUUUACUGGUUCAGUUGGGACGCGAUGGGUGACUUUGUAUUCAGCAAACCAUUUGGCAUGCUAGAAAAAAGGCAAUGGCACCAGCUUAUUUCUGGUCUGAGGAAAGGACUAUUCGCCCUUGGUCCCUUAGCCUCUGCGCCGUGGAUGAUUCAAUGCGGAUUUCGACUUGCCCCGCGUGUAGGAGCUCUCAAAGACUGGGAUAAUAUGAUGGCAUGGUGCACAGACCUUAUGAAAAGAAGCCUUGAUACCGAUUAUACGAAGGAUGCGCCUAAGGAUCUCUCAUAUUAUAUAUUGGAACGUGAUAAUACCACCGGUGGCGACCCUAUGGCCUGGGUUUACGGAGACAGUUUGCAGUCGAUCGCAGCGGGCAGUGAGCCAAUGGCUGGCACCCUACUCUGUCUUUUUCUCCACUUAGCGAGACACCCGCGAUACGCAGAGAAGGUCUACGACGAACUCAUCGGGAUCGAUGUGACCGAUCGUGGCGCCUUAAGCCAACUAAUCUACCUAAAUGCUGUUAUAAACGAGACCAUGCGACUCUCCCCAACGUUACUCACCGGCGGCGCUAGAAAGUCGGGCGAGAAUGGGGUUACGAUCGGGGGUACAUAUAUACCUCCUCACACGACAAUCAUUGCGCCUCGAUGGAUUAUCUCUCGAAGAGAGGAUUGCUUUGAACAAGCGAAGGAAUUUAUUCCAGAAAGAUGGGGCAUAAGAUCAGACAUGCGACACAAUCCUGCUGCUUCCACUCCUUUUGCAACCGGCCGCAACUCUUGCGUGGGUCGACAGCUCUCCUUAGAUACCAUGCGCUGCGUAGUAGCGAAACUAGUGAAGAAGUAUAAGGUCCGUUUCGCUCCGGGCGAAACUGGCGACCGUGUGUAUGAGGACAUGAUUGAUCAUUUCACGACGACUUACGGCACUCUCGCUUUGUGUUUCGAACUUAGGGAGUAA